GGAGACUGCCUGGAAGAUGAUGUUCCCAAGCCUGCUAGCCCCCUCAGCCGUCUACCCCAACCUCCUGCGCCCCACGCCCACCCUGUCCCUGCACUCUGCCCUGUCCUCACACUCCAGCUUCCUGGUGGAAGAUCUGAUAAGGAUCAGCCGGCCUGAUGGAUACCUGUCCCGGGCUGUGCCCCCACCCAGUAUCUCCCCACCGACAUCAGAGAGCCCCCCAAGCCUGGGAGACCCCACAGACCUGCUCAGUUCCAGGAGGGGCCCAGGUGGCAACAGCUCAACUUUCCUCAAGUUUGGAGUGAACGCCAUCCUCUCCUCAUCUACUCCAAGGACAGAUUCCUCCUUGGCCAGACCCCGUGCCGCCCCUCUGAAGACAUUCUCCCUGCCAUACUUUGAGAGCUCCUUCCAGCCAUUCCUCAGGACCUCCUAUUUCCCAGCUUCCUCCUCAGUGGUGCCCAUGCCUGGCACCUUCUCGUGGCCCCUGGCCGCCCGUGGGAAGCCCCGCAGGGGGAUGCUCCGUAGGGCCGUGUUCUCUGACGUGCAGCGCAAAGCUCUGGAGAAAAUGUUUCAGAAACAGAAAUAUAUCAGCAAACCCGACAGGAAGAAACUGGCCGGGAAGCUGGGGCUUAAGGACUCUCAGGUGAAAAUCUGGUUCCAAAACAGGAGGAUGAAGUGGAGGAACUCUAAGGAGCGGGAGCUGCUGUCUUCUGGGGGCUGCCGAGAACAGACCUUGCCCACCAAGUUUAACCCCAACCCUGACCUCAGUGAUGUGGGGAAGAAGAUUCUGGAAGGAGAGGAAGAUGCCCUGUCUUACCAGCGAGCAGAGCUCCACCUAGUGGUGGACACACAGUUACCCCCUUCCCCAUACACCUCCAGCAGUCACAGCAAGCAGUCAGACCUCUCAGACUCAGAGGAGGGGGAUCAGGAGGAUGAGAUCACAGUCUCAUAGUCCCUGUUUCUCUCACCAAGGACUCUGCACUCAUGUAUCAUAGUAAUUUUAUUAAGGAAUUGGAGAGGUGUCUGAUAAUGUGCCCCGUCCCCCUCUCUGUCUUCAGAAGCUCUAUAUAAAAGAUAUAGGUAACGUGGCAGUGCCGCAGCUGUGGAACUAGAAUGUCCGUGCAAUCUUUGUAGUUCUACAACAGCUGGAUGACCACAAGUUACAGAUUUCUCCUGUGUAAUGUGACACAACCUCUUAUUUUUCUGUGUAUCAUAUUGUAUAUGUUUAUCAUCUGACUGCGUGUGUUUAUCAUCUGACUGCGUGUGUUUAUCAUAUGACUGCGUGUGUUUAUCAUAUGGCUGUGUGUGUUUAUUAUAUGAGUGCGUGUGUUUAUCAUAUGGCUGUUUGUGUUUAUCAUAUGGCAGUGUGUUUAUCAUAUGGCUGUGUGUGUUUAUCAUAUGGCAGUGUGUUUAUCAUAUGGCUGUGUGUGUUUAUCAUAUGGCAGUGUGUUUAUCAUAUGGCAGUGUGUUUAUCAUAUAGCUG